UAUUAAUAUUGGCGAAAAAAAAUUCUGAUUUGCUUCUUUUUUUUUUUCAAGUGUGUCCCAUUUAUUUUUUUUUUCUUUUUGGAAGGGAAGUUUUUUUUUCCCAGGCCAAAAAAAAAGUUUUGGAAAAAAAAAAAGGCUGGAAAUUCCCCUUGGAAAUUUUUCCAAUUGGGGGAAAUGUGGAAUUAGUUUUUUUUUUUUUUUUUUUUGGGUCCUUUUACCCCCCAAAAAAAAAAAAAAUAUUAAAAAUUUUUUAA